AUAUAGCUUCGUUUGCUUCAAUCUAUAACCUUUCAGUGGUAUCAGAGCCUCUACUGCUCUCACGAGUCUUGAUCAUGGCCACUUCCAAUGAAUCCCCCAACUCUGCUGCAUCCAAAACCUCCCCAAACUCUACUGCAACUAUUCUCAAUCCUGGACUCUCACUAGAAAUCCAUUAUCUUUCAAUUUCGCCGCAUUCCCUGUAAAGCUAACGCUAACCAAUUAUAUGUCUUGGAGGGCUCAAUUUACUUGUUUGCUUACAGGUUAUGAACUCAAUGGCUACCUUGAUGGAAAGAACCCCUGUCCAGUUGCAACCGCACCAGAGUACAGCUUAUGGGCUCGUCAAGAUCAACUCUUGCAACAUGCUCUUAUCACCUCAGUCUCGGAGAACAUUACCCCUUAUAUUGCGGCUGCUGCCACAGCACAACAGGCAUGGGAAACAUUAGCGAGUCUUUAUGCUAAUCGCUCUCAAAGUCGGGUGAUCACUUUAAAGAAACGUCUCCAAAACAUGAGACGUGAUGGCCGGUCUGUUGCAAAUUAUUUAAGAGAUCUCAAGACUGUUGAUGAUGAAUUGGGAACCAUUGAUCGUCCACUCAACGAUGAUGAUCUUACAGUUUAUAUUCUUAAUGGCCUUGGCCUUGAGUUUCGGGAGAUUGCAGCUUCUCUCCGAGCACGGGACUCCUCUCUUUCCUUUGAUGACUUGCAUGAUAGAUUGGUUGCUCAUGAAGAAAGUCUCAAACGAGAAGAAGCUCAUCUUGAGAUCACACCGGUGACAGCUCAUUAUGCUAUUGCUUCCUUUCACUCCAAUACUGAUUCCUCUUCUUCAUUAAGUGCAGGAAACUCUCAUUCCUCUCUUGGCCGCCACCCUCCACAAGCAUUCCGUGGCAAUCAGAAUGGGCAGAACUCUUCCAAUCGUGGCAAUCAAAAUCGACGUCGCAAUUUUGGACCCAAACCCACCACUUGGCCCCCUAAUUUCGGUUGCCAGCUGUGUGGUCGUGCAGGCCACUUUGCUCGAAAUUGCUCCAGCUACCAUGUGCAAGCUCUUGGGACAAGAUAUUCUAUAGAUAACUUGGGUUACAAAUGCUUGGAUUUGAGUUCUAGAAAAUUGUUUUUCUCCCACCAUGUGGUGUUUGACGAGUCUACCUUUCCUCACAAAUCUCAGUCCACUGUCCCUAUUUUACCCUCUACCUUUUUACAUGCCAAUGAGUCAUCAUAUACCUCUACCUCUGGUCCUGAUCUUAGUAAUUCGCCAUCGUCACUUGCCUCUCCUACUGGUGCUCCCCAUGAAUUGGUGGCUCACGAGGUGCCUCUUCCUGCAGCUUCUCCUUCAUCAAUCCCAUCACCGAUUCCGGUACCACCCCACCUACCCACCCAAUCCACCUCCCCCAACCCCACAUCCUCAGCUCAUUCCACUCCUCAUCACACCUCCUUAUCCCCAGUCCAAGUCUCAAAACCUUCUGCUUCCCCUACCCAAGCCCCAAGUAGUGUGGCUCGCCCAAAUCCUCUUACCCGGUUGCACCACAUGCGCACUCGCUCCUUGAAUAAUAUUUUUAAACCCAAAAUCCUUUUCCAAGCUGUGUCCCAGUGUCCUGCACCCCUAAGUGAACCCACUUGUAUGACACAAGCUCUGAAAGAUCCCGAUUGGAGACGGGCUAUGUCUGAAGAAUUUAGUGCUCUUGUGCGUCAAGGUACGUGGGAACUUGUUCCUCCAUCUCCUGAUCAUCAUUUAAUUGGUUAUAAAUGGGUGUUUCAUUUAAAACGAGCUCCAGAUGGUCGUAUUAAGCGUUAUAAGGCUCGCUUGGUUGCCAAAGGCUUUCAUCAACGUCCGGGAUCUGACUAUUUCAACACCUUUAGUCCUGUUAUUAAACCUACUACUAUUCGUACUGUUUUAUCUAUUGCAGUGAGCCAGCAGUGGGUUAUCUGGCAAUUGGAUAUUAAUAAUGCCUUUUUACAUGAUCAUCUUGAGGAACAAUUGUUUAUGAAGCAACCAACAGGGUUUGUUGAUCCUCGUUUCCCUCAGCAUGUGUGCAAAUUGCGGAAGUCUAUAUAUGGCCUGAAGCAAGCUCCCCAAGCAUGGUUUACUGAGCUUAAAAGCUUUAUUAUCUCUCAAGGCUUCUCUCAAUCUAAGUCAAACUCGUCUCUAUUUAUUCUUCACAAAGGGUCUACUUGCAUUUAUUUUCUUGUCUAUGUUGAUGAUAUUAUAAUUACAGGAAGUGACUCUUCUGCUGUUCAGUCUCUUAUUCAGAUCAUGGGAGCUCGUUUCUCCUUAAAGGAUUUGGGGCCUCUCAAUUUUUUCCUCGGUGUUGAAGCAAUUCCCACUGCUGCUGGUCUUUUCUUAUCCCAACAUCGAUACAUUACUGAUCUUCUCCAGCAGUAUAACAUGCAUGAGGCCAAGCCUGUGCCCACCCCUCUUGCUGCUUCCACUUCGUUGCAUCUUGGUUCUGGUUCACCUCUUUCUGAUGGUUCUAUUUACCGGCGGCUUCUUGGAUCCCUACAAUAUCUUGCGCUCACUCGUCUAGAUCUCUGCUUUGCCGUGAAUAAGCUAUCUCAAUUUAUGCAUCAGCCCACUGACGCUCACUGGCAGGCGGCUAAACGUGUUCUCCGCUACUUGCAAGGGACCCGAUUUCAUGGGGUAUUGUUACGACCUCAGAGUGCUCUAUCCUUGCAUGCUUACUCCAAUGCCGACUGGGCUGGCAAUCGCUCUACCUGUGUUAGUACCACUGGUUAUUUGGUCUUCCUUGGCUCGAAUCCCAUUUCUUGGCGCGCUACCAAACAGAAGGCCGUCGCUCGGAGCUCCACAGAGGCUGAAUAUCGCGCCUUGGCAUCUGCUGCUUUUGAACUGGUUUGGAUUCACAAUCUACUAUCAGAACUUGGAGUUUCUGGUCUUGGCUCUCCUGCUCUAUUUUGUGAUAAUAUUGGUGCCACUUACUUGAGUCUCAAUCCCGUUCUUCACUCUCGGAUGAAACAUAUCGCUGUUGAUUUACACUUUGUUCGGGAUCUAGUCGAGAAGAAUGUCCUUCAUGUUUCUCACAUUUCUUCUCAUGAUCAGCUUGCUGAUGGCCUUACCAAGGCUCUGUCUACUGCUCGCUUCUCUAGUUUGCAUUCCAAGAUUGGUGUUGCUGAUGGAACCUCCAUCUUGCGGGGGCAUGUUAAGGCAACUGCAUCUCCAGCUGUUACCACGUGAUCAGCAAUCAAUGAGACCAUGAUUU